AUGGGGGAAAAUCCUGCCAAGAACCAUUAUGCACAGCUUAACAAGGGAGAAGAGAAUGAGAUGGACAUAUUUGGCUACAAAACUCAAGGCUGUCGAAAGGCUUUGUGCAUUGCUGGAUACAUCUUGUCCUGUGGGGUUCUGAGGCUGCUGUUUUACUGGAAGCCAGAGUGGGAUGUGUGGGUAAACUGCAUCCGAUGCAGCUUGGAAGAUGCAGAUAUUGUUCUGCUGAGAACGACAGAUGAUUUUCGGAUUUAUUCUCGUAAGACUGUGACAUGGAUCUCUGUGUCUGCAUUUAUCAAAAGUAGAUCAGAUUAUCCAGCCACUGAGGAAGACUCAAUCUUCAGCAAAGCCAUAAUGAAGCCAAGUUUGCAAGUGAAAACUAUCCAAGUACAAAAAAUCCGCUAUGUCUGGAAUAUCUAUGCAAAACAGUUCCAGAAAGUUGGAGUCCUAGAAGACCACUACACUUGCUCAGCAAUACAUGAUAAAUUUGGCUCUGGUCUCAGCUGCAAUGAACAGAAUGUCAGGAGAGUUAUAUGUGGGCCAAACACUAUUGAUGUUCCAGUGAUCCCUAUUUGGAAACUACUCAUCAAAGAGGUCCUAAAUCCAUUUUACGUGUUCCAGCUGUUCAGUGUGUGUCUGUGGUUUGCUGAAGAAUACAUGGAGUAUGCCACUGCCAUAAUAGUCAUGUCUCUCCUCUCAAUAUUUUUGACUGUAUAUGACCUUAGAAAGCAAUCCAUUAAACUGCACAGACUGGUUGAAUCUCAUAACAACAUCAUGGUCACUGUCUGCAGAAAUAAGGAAGGUUUCCAAGAGCUGGAAUCACGCCAUCUUGUUCCUGGAGAUAUGCUGAUUUUGAAAGAGGGCAAAACCCUUUUGCCUUGUGAUGCCAUCCUGGUCAGUGGGCAGUGCACUGUAAAUGAAAGCAUGCUGACAGGAGAAAGUAUUCCUGUAACAAAGACCCACCUACCCCAAGCUGAUAAUUUCAAGCCCUGGAAAGUGUACUGUGCAGAGGAUUACAGAAAACAUGUCCUCUUCUGUGGAACAGAGGUCAUCCAGACCAAGGCAGAUGACACAGGAGUAGUGAAAGCUGUGGUGCUGCGGACUGGUUUCAACACAGCCAAGGGGGAUCUGGUGAGGUCCAUUCUCUACCCUAAACCCAUGAACUUCAAGCUGUACAGAGAUGCCCUGCGGUUCCUGAUGUGCCUCAUAGCAUUUGCUGCCAUUGGAAUGAUCUACACAGUGUGUGUAUUUGUACUGAAUGGGGAGGAGACGGGAGAAGUGGUGAAGAAGGCUUUGGAUGUUAUCACUAUUGCAGUCCCACCAGCUCUGCCAGCUGCCUUGACAACAGGAAUCAUUUAUACCCAGCAGAGGCUGAAGAAAAAGGGCAUCUUUUGCAUCAGCCCACAGAGGAUCAACAUGUGUGGACAGCUGAACCUUUUCUGCUUUGACAAAACUGGCACCUUAACAGAAGAUGGCCUGGAUCUUUGGGGUUUGCUGCCCUGUGAAAGAAACUGCUUUCAGGAUAUUCACAGUUUCCCUGCAGACCACAGCCUACCUUGGGGCCCAGUGUUCAAAGCACUGGCAGUUUGUCAUUCAUUAAUUGUUUGGGAGGGCAAGAUCCAAGGAGACCCACUGGAUGUGAAAAUGUUCGAGGCCACUAACUGGGUGAUAGAUGAUUCCAGUGGACACCGUAUUGAAGGAUCCACACACGCCACAAUUGUUAGACCUGGAAUUAAAGCCACCACUGCCCCAGUGGAAGGAAUUGCCAUUUUACAUCAGUUCCCAUUUUCUUCAGCCUUGCAAAGAAUGUCUGUCAUUGCCCAGGAAAUUGGUGGGGAUCCACAGGCCUUCAUAAAAGGGGCUCCUGAAAUAGUAGCCAUGCUGUGCAGAGCAGAAACAGUCCCAUCGAACUUUGAGAGCAAGCUCCUGCUCUACACAGCACAGGGCUUUCGAGUCAUUGGACUGGCCUGUAAAUCUCUGCAGGCAGGGAAGCUGCCUGCUGCUCUAACAAGGGAGGAGGUGGAAUCUGAUCUGACAUUCCUGGGUCUGCUGAUAAUGGAGAAUCGAUUAAAGAGGGAGACAAAGCCUGUUCUGGAAGAGCUCAGUGCUGCCCGCAUCAGGAGUGUUAUGGUCACAGGGGACAACAUUCAGACAGCUAUAACAGUUGCCAAAAAUGCUGGCAUGAUUGCUCCAACAUACAGAGUGAUUCUUGUGGAAGCAAACAAAAUGCCUGGAUCUUUUCCAGCAUCUAUAACCUGGAAAUCCCUAGAAGAAAACAAAACUGAAGCUUACAGAAGCCUGGGGGAUGAGAGUCAGACUGAGCCAGGAAUCAAGAUGGCAUUGGGAUCAGGCCAGUAUCAUUUUGCCAUGAGUGGAAAAUCUUACCAAAUUGUAGCACAGCAUUUCAGGCACUUACUUCCAAAGCUCUUGCUGAAUGGAACAGUUUUCGCUAGAAUGUCUCCUAGUCAUAAAUCCAGCCUCAUAGAAGAGUUUCAAAAACUGGAUUACUUUGUGGGCAUGUGUGGAGAUGGAGCCAAUGACUGUGGGGCUUUGAAAGUGGCACAUGCAGGGAUAUCCCUGUCGGAGCAGGAGGCGUCUGUGGCUUCACCUUUCACAUCCCGAACGCCCAGCAUAGCCUGUGUUCCAGAGCUAAUCAGGGAAGGCCGUGCUGCUCUUGUCACUUCCUUCUGCAUGUUCAAGUACAUGGCACUGUACAGCACAAUCCAGUACCUUGGUGUUCUCCUGCUUUACUGGCAACUAAACUCCUUUGGGAAUUACCAAUUUUUGUUCCAAGAUCUGGCUAUUACCACUGUAAUUGGUGUGACAAUGAGUUUCACAGGUGCCUAUCCAAAGCUGGUCCCCUACAGGCCUCCAAGCCAGCUCAUCUCACCCCCAUUGCUGCUCUCUGUUGUGCUUAACAUCCUCUUCAGCCUCAGCAUGCAGAUCUUUGGGUUUGUGGUGGUCCAGCAGCAGCCUUGGUAUUCCAAGACUGAUGUACACAGUGCCUGCCUGCCAGUGAACAGCCAUGAGAAGAAUUCAUCCUCCAGCCUGGCUCUCCAUGGGGUGAGAGAUGGAGCCCAUGAGCAAACAGACAAUGGCUUCAAGAGCUAUGAAAACACCACAGUGUGGCUGCUAAGUACCAUCAAUUGCCUCAUUGUAGCACUGGUGUUUUCCAAGGGAAAGCCCUUCAGGCAACCCAUCUACACCAACUAUGUGUUCGUACUGGUGCUCAUAGGGCAGCUGGGCAUUUGCCUCUUCUUGAUGUUUGCUGACAUUGAUGAUCUCUACUCCAAGAUGGAUCUCGUUUGCACCCCCACCACAUGGCGAAUCUCCAUGGUGGUCAUGCUUGCAGUCACACUUGCUGUGUCCUUCCUUGUUGAGGAAGCUGUCAUUGAGAACAGAGCCCUGUGGCUGCUUCUGAAAAAGACAUUCCGGUACCACUCAAAGAGCCACUACAAGAGGCUGCAGCACAUGUUGGAGCAGGACUCAACCUGGCCACCUCUGAAUGAAACCUUCUUCUCAGACUCUGUGGCAGUGGCUGUAGAAGGAAAUAUGGGAGGUCAUAGCAAUCCAACAUUUGACAGCAGUGAGGACUCACUCUGA